AGUUUCGAAUGUGAUAUCGAGACUGAGUGAUAAUGAAAAAAAACGACGAAACAACAUUACAAUUUAUGCGAAUGGUCGAUUAUGAACUCGAACGGUACGGCUUAUAUCCUCAAAUUCGCCCUUCACCGGAACUGCUGUGAGAAAUGCUCGGUUUUGAAUCUUAUAGAUCCUUUGUAAAUUACGACUGUUCGAAAAAUUCGACAUUUGACGCUAAAAAUCUGCGAUGCUCACAUUGUAUGCUAUUUGGUCCGUGUGCUUCAAUAUUCAUAUCCAAGGCUAUAUCAAGAACCUCAAAAGAAAAACUAAAUAAAACAUUUGAAGCGGUCGUUACAAAAGGCUCACCAGAUCCAUUUUUACAACAUUUGUUUGAACUUAUCGAAGACAUUGAUGAUACUGACAUGCGUCGCAUUGUGGAAACUGAAAUAAUAAAAUACGUCAAGGGGAUAAGUGAAUAGAAACCGCAGCAAGCAAAUGAUUAUUUUAGGGAAUUGAAUUCAAUUCUCGUUUUUACAACAAAACAAAUGAAGUAGUGAUCAGAAACAGUCUGUUUUUCUUUCGGACAUUUGGAGUCAAACUAUUGAGAAAAAAAUUACAUAGUUAUUCAGAGGAUAUUUUCAUUUUUUCAAUACUUUAUGAAGUACGUCGACAUAAAUAAACUAUAUUUCUCUGCAGAUAAACUUAUUAUUAUUGAAUGUAUGUGUCACAAUUCAUGAAGCUCCUCAGACACUGCAUAUAAUUUCAGAUCGUUCUGAAAUAUAUUUGAUUCAGUAAAAAACUGUAUUUUGUAUGAAAAAUGUCAUGUAUUUCCAAAAUUUUUGCAUCAGCCCAUUACUAUUCAGUUCUAUGUCUAAUCGUGAGACGUAGAAGGACGUCAGUUUUUUUUAAGUUUGAAAUAAUAAAAAGAAAAUAUGUUGUCGGUCGAUUUUGUUUGACUAAAAGAGAAGUAUGUUUCAUGGCAACUUGAAAUAUUAAAAAGAAUGCAAUUUUGCUUUAUUUUUAUCGCCACUCGUUGCAGUUGAGCUUGUGAAUAACGACCACCGUAUGGCUUAUUCUUUUAAAAAACAACAACAACAAAAAAGCAACCAUUGUAAAAACAUCACCAAUUGGUUGAGUAUAUUUGGAUAUGUUAUCUUUCACUUUGGAUUGCCUAUGUCUGUGACGAGAAAUAUUUCCGUAUCGCAAAACGCGGGAAUGUUCGGACUAAGGCGAGCAAAUUCCAUUCUGUCCACUAAUGCUAGUUCAUGACGCACAUUUUACGCAUUAAAAUCGCAUAAAUCGGUCUGUCUUUCUUUUUUGUUUUCUCUCAGGGAGAGGAAACAGUCCGUUUAGGCAUGGAACGACUGACGAAACAGUUGAACGCAAGAGUAUUCUUAGUGAAAAGAAUGGUCGAAUUUCUGCAGAAGAUUAUGAAUGGCAACGGUAAGCAUUAUAGGUUUAAUUUUGUAAUGGAAAAUUGAUAGUGUUACGUUCUCGUAUACUUACAUUGUCGUGAUAAGGAAAGAAAGAGACAAAGUAUAUAGUGCAAAAUGAAAACUGAAUUCGAUUCAUGAUUUAAAUAUACAUUAUUAAAUUUUAAAUAAUUUUCGUCAAAUUCGUGCCAAAACUUAAACCGCUUUUUUAUGAUGCUUGAUGGCUUCAAUUGGAUAAAUUGUAAAUUUUGAAUUUGGUACUAUCUUGUUUUGUCUCACUUAAAUGGACAUUUUUUCUAUUUUAUAAAUCUUUAGCAAAACAUAAUUAUGAUUGACAAGUGUUAUAUUGUAUUUGUCAUUUUGCAAUUUUUCUUUAAAACAUCAACAGUGCCAUCUAGAUCUUCAUAAGAUUUGUACAUUAUGAAUGGCGCUGUGAUGUAACGAAGAUAUACGAACCUCAUUUAUGCGAAAAAAAAAUUCUUACAUAUUUGAUUGUUUUGUAUUGAGUUAAAAACUGCGCAACCGUUUUUUUUUAUUGUAAUACUUGUCGGUUUUUAUGUUAAAUCUUUCAGCUCAUGUGACCUCAUUAUGCCGUCAACUUCUUCGCCAAAGCUACGACCAACCGAGAAUGUGCAUCUUUUUAAUUUGUUGUUCAAUUGAAAUGUACGCAAACAUAGACUGCUCAUUUUUGUGUAAACUUCUUUGCAUUUACGACUAUUCCAAGAAACUCAUUGAAUUCUCCACAUUGCACGUAAUUGGCAAGGAGAACUGCGUCGAACAGUUCAGUAACGUGUAUUUUGAUAUACGUUGAACUGUUUGGGAUUUCGUGUACUUAUGUUUUCAUGGUAAUUUGUCACGUCCCGAACGCAUUAGUUUCAAAUAAAAGUUUCGGAUCAGCGAAAUUGAGAUUUUACCAGGGAAGGGAACAUUGUCAUAUUGUACGUUGAGGAAAGAAUACUUGUUAUGUUAAAUUGCAGUUUGUUUUUGUUUGCCACAAUCGCGUACGUGUGAGUCCGGUUUAUUCAGCAGAUCAUAUUGACACGUUCAUAUAAUACAACCUAUAUUUGAGUUGAAAUUCACAUUCGAUCUUAUUUGUGUUUAACACUUGGUUCUGAACAGAAGUGCAUUGUAAUUGAUAAACUUGUGUUUGAAAGUGCAUUUGAAUUUGAAAAGUUGCCAUUUAAGUGAUAAAAAUGAAUAUCAAACGAUUGAAGGAAUACUUGUCAUCUCGUCCGAUUUCUGUUGUGCUAGACAAACUGAGUGAUGAUGAAAAAAACGACGAAAUAGCAUUAAAAUUUAUGAGCAUAGUGGAUUAUGAACUCGAACGAAAGAAUUUAUAUACUCGGAUACGUUCUACUAAUUUACCGAAAAUGCUCCAAGAGCUACUCGGAUUUAAAUCGUAUAAAUCUUUUGCGUAUUACGAAUAUAUAAACAACUCUAAAUUGGAUGGUAAAAACGUGCAGUGUCCUUAUUGUCAGCUAUUUGGUCCGUAUGCGUCAAUGUUAACGCACUUGGCAAUAAAUCACAACAUUUCCAUCGGAUAUAAAAUAUGUUUUUAUUGUCAUCAUUGGGAAUUGAAAGAUCAUUUUGACUCUGAAUCAUCGUUACAAAUUUGUUAUGAAAACUACUUACAACAACACGAAAUCUCCGACAUCGUUCGUGAUUCCUUUGCCGUGCAUCAAAUCAUCAAAGAUUUCUAUAGUGUUAUAAAACAAUUAUCGGUUUCUUUGGGUGUUGUGACACAAAGACAAAUACAUAGAUAUGCUGGCAAAGGAUUGGGUAAACCAGAAGAGAUUAAUGUUGAGCAUGGCGACGAUCUUUCAAGUACAACCACCGCUUAUAAACAAAAAGCUCCAAGGAAAAUUAUUUCAACGAUUCCGAAAAACAAACUCAAUAAAAUGUUUGUUGUAGCCAUUACAGCAAUGUGUGGCGGAGAAGCAUUAUUCAAAUUUAUGGAAGAGUCAUCAUCCAUAGAUUUGACCGACCCAGAAAUGCCUUCCAAUUGCGAUAACCCACGGCCGAGUACGAGCAAUGCGUCAGCCAGAAAUGAAAGGACGUUAAGCACAAAUACAACAACGCAUGAACAUCCUUUGUCCGAAUUUACAAAUCGAACAAAUACACCAGGGUUUGAUGAUCCCUUUAUAGCGUAUUUGUCUAGCCGUAUUCAAAGUAUCAGCGAUGCUGAUACACGUCGCAAUCUGGAAGAUCGUCUGCAAGCAGACGUCAGGGAAGCUGAACAUAAUCAACCACAGCGAAACCAAUAAUUAUUUAUGUAAGACAAUUGCAUUUGUCAAAUGUAGUUCAUUCGCAAUGUUUUUAAAACAAAUAAUGAUCGUAUCUAUAAGACGCUAUCACAUGUAUAUCUUUUCACAUCUUCUUAUAUUCCAUGAUUGUUAAAAAAAUAGCCUCUUUUCAUUUGGGAAAACUAAAUAAAAAAUUAUUUCGAAA